GGCAGGGGAGAUUGGCUGAGGGCUCGGAGACCCUUCACUCAGGAGCUGAGGCAUGAACUGAGCUUCCUCCAUUGGGUAGCAGCUGGGGUAGUCUGGCGAGAACUGUGGAGGUUGCUGGUUGGAGAGGAGAUCGCGACGGCCUCGGGCUCGUGGAGUCUGAAUUCUCUCUCCUUCACAUUCUCAGUCCACUCUAUGAGGUCCUUGUGCUGAGGGUCUGACAGCAGAGCGUACAGGAACUGCCACAGUUGCAUCCCACCUUUUCCUGCAGAGAAAUGAGUGGAACACCAAUAAUAUCAUCACUCACACAG